AUGGAUGUUAAACCAGUAACACAUGUUCUUUUUGAUAUGGAUGGUUUAUUACUAAAUACUGAAGAUUUGUACACUAAGCUAUUUCAAAAAAUUGUGUCAAAGUAUGGAAAGGAAUAUACAUUUGAUGUAAAGUUAAAAAUAAUGGGAACUCAAGCAAUUGAAAGUGCUACAAUGGUUAUCAGAGAACUUGACCUUCCAAUGACCCCAGAAGAAUUUCUACAAGAAUGUAAAAAAGGAGAAAAUAUUUUUGCUGAUUGCCAGUUAUUGCCAGGUGCUAGACGACUUGUUGAACAUUUGCACCAACACAAAAUACCCAUAGCUUUAGCUACAAGUUCUGGAGAAGAGAGCUACCAUUGCAAAGUAGAUAAACAUCAUACAGAAUUUUUCUCAUUGUUUCCUUACAAAACAUUUGGAUCCUCAGACCCUUCAGUAAAGAAUGGGAAGCCCCAUCCAGACAUAUUUUUAGUAACAGCAAUGAAAUUCCCUGAUAAACCUGUGCCCGAAAAAUGUUUAGUAUUUGAAGAUGCAGUAAAUGGUGUAAAAGCUGCCGUCGCAGCUGGUAUGCAAGUUGUCAUGGUUCCUGAUCCUCGUAUAGACAAAAGUUUGACCACAGAGGCUACGCUUGUGCUUAGUUCGUUAGAAGAAUUUAAACCAGAACUGUUUGGCCUACCGCCAUUCAAAGACUAG